AUCGCAAUGGUUUUCUUGCCCCCGCUCACGCGCCUCUCGUCGCAGGCCCAUGGCUUCGAGUACUCGACGCCAAUGCCUCCCUGCAAGGACAACCAUGCCCAUUCCCUCCAGCGAUGCGCGAUCCCUGGCUGCUCUCAUUUUGCUAAGCUCCACUACGUCUGCCUCGUGCACGCCCGCCAGAGUGUCCCUUCAACCUUAACCACCUCCCCUGCCAACAGCAGCAGUGCACCCAAGCGCCGCAACAAGAAAUGUCAAGUGGAUCAAUGCGGCUCGUUUGCCCGGAGUGGCGGGUUUUGCACACGCCACGGCGGUGGUCGAAAGUGCAAAGCUGAAGGAUGUACGACGGCUUCACAGACUGGGGGCUAUUGCCGAAUUCAUGGCGGGGGUUCCAAGUGCAAAGUUGAAAACUGCGACCAAUUUGCUCGGGCGCAGGGCAUGUGCUUGCCCCACAGUCGUUCCCGCAAGGCCGCUUAA